UUUCAACUCUUUUACCUGAGCAGAAAAGAAGAGCAAGUUCUCUCUCUGAAUUCUCACAGUUUUAAUAAAAGAGCGAAACAUCUCACCGACAUUUAUUUUGAUAAAGAAAAAAAUCCCUCAAAAACUAAGUCAAGUCUGUUCGUUCACAAUAAAAGUUCAACUUCAACCUACGGUCUCUCACAUUAAUCAAGAAUAUUUUUGUACCUAACCACGUGCAUAAUUCAUAAGUUUUGCAGAAUAUUUCACAAAAAAUAAGAAUGACGGAACUUAAAUCGAGUGUUAUUAAAUCAGAAGUUGAUAGAUAUUCAACUUAUGCUCAUACAUGGUGGGAUCCAAAUGGAAGGUGCUACAUGCUGCACAAAAUGAUUCCAGCAAUCCGACUUCCAUUUAUGAAGAAAGCAUUAACUAAUGCUGGACUAGUCAAAGAAGCAAAUAAAGGCAAGUCAAACAUGUUUGAAGGAAUUAAGAUACUGGAUGUUGGAUCUGGAGGUGGAUUGAUGGCUGAACCACUUGCACUGUUAGGUGCUCAAGUCACUGGAGUCGAUCCAACUGAGAAGCUAGUUGAAGUUGCCAAAGAGCACCUUAAAACCCACGAAAAUCUGAAAAUUGACUACAUUUGUGACACAAUUGAGAACUACAGUACCAAUAAUAAGGAACAAUAUGAUGUUGUGACAUUCUUCGAUGUAGCUGAGCAUGUUGCAGACGUCCAUCAAGUCUUGAAAGCUAGUGUUGAGAAUCUAAGGCCAGGUGUUCGAAUAUUCAUCACAACAUGGAAUAAAACAUUUAUGGGCUGGUUCUAUGGCAUCUUCCUACUUCAAUGGAUACUUGGGAUUGUUCCAGCUGGUGCUCAUAAGAUCAGCAUGUUUAUAUCACCAGAAAAGAUAUCCGAGUACUUAAAAGAGUUCAAUUGUAAGACUGUAGAAGUUAAGGGAGCUUGGUACAGUCUAUGGAAGAGGGAUUGGGGAUUUACUUCUUAUACUGGAGUUUGGUAUGCUAUGGAAGCUGUUAAAGAGGAAUGAGGCAAUUUAGUAGCUUUAAAAGGAUUUUUGAAUGAAUAAAAAUUGUUGUUUUGUGAUAAAA